AUGGGAGAGAGUGGACUUCAGAAAGGUGCCAUGUUUAUGGCAGGUCUGACUCUUUUGCAGUCUCUCCGUGUGGCUUUAACUGGAGCAAAGUUUGCAAUGGACAGAUUUAAAAUUCCUCAACAACAUGCCAGUUCGUUCAUUAACAUGGUCCAUAAUCCUAUGGAACUGGCAACGUUUACUGGAAUGGCUAUUAUGACUGGUAUAUCAUUUAUACCCAACCUUAAGGACUCUUUCAAGUACCUUGCCAUAUUUACAAAUGCGACACUAUGCUGUUCCUUCAUUCUACUCCUAAUUGCAUUCAUGUCUGGAGGAGAACAAGGAAAUCUCACAUUCUACUACUGGACUAUUGUCUUCGUCUCAUUUAUUUACGGACUUAAUGUUGCAGCUGUAAUGAAUGUUGGAAGUGAUAAUGCUGCCUUUUUCAAUGUAGGAAUUCCUCUCUCUGGCAUUCAGGUUUGCAUCUACUACUAUGUCUUUACGAAGCUUGCUGAGAGGUAUAACUGGUCAAACGUCAGUUACUGGAUCAUAUUUUGGCAGAUGUCCAUAGGAGCAUUGAUAUCGGCGGUAUCAGCUAUUGUAUGGAUUGAUGCAUAUGGUGAAGCUGAAGGUAGUGCUGCUGGAGGCAGUCUUAGUGAACUUGGCAAGGCCUGGUCUCCAAUUCUUAUGGGAAUGGUAGGUAUGGGCGGUAUUUAUGCCUUCUAUCCUGCCAUAGCUCCUUACAAACUGACUGAUGUUGGCACUGGAUACACCAUUGACCUGGUUGUUUUGUUCGUUAGUGCUGUUCCUGGUAUUAUCAUCGCCAUCUUAUGCCUAUUUAAAAAAGGUCCAGACACUAAUUGGGAAAGGAAUGGUGCUCAGGGAUGGCAUGCUAGUUGGUUGUUGGCCAUUCCACACAUUACCGCAAUGAUUUUGUGCUUUUGCACACUUCAUUAUCCAGAUAGUGGAGUAGCCAGUUCUAUUAAGAGCAGUGGCUUAAAGGUUGGAGUCAUUACUGUUACCCUAAAGUUUUGUGAAGAAGGACUAAAGGCGGUGUCUUAUGCUGGAGCUGGUAAACAAGGUGGAAGUGGUGGUGCUAUCUCCUCUUUUAAUGCAUUCACAUCCCAAGGUUUAAUGAUAGUCUUGGCCUUUACUGGAGAUGGUUAUCUGAAGACCUAUUCCAAGUAUGAACAUGAUAGAGAUAAAUGGCCUACUAAAAAUUUUGGGUUCUUUAAGUCCUUAGGAUACUGGGCAGGGAAUGGAGCAUAUGUGGCCUGUAAGAGUGUUAAGUCCUCCUUUACCACUAAUGUCAGAUGCAAAGUUUUAGGUAAAUCAGAGGCUCUCCUAAUUGUCUAUGCAGAUGAGGAAUUUUAA